UGAUCAAGAUUGUGCUAAAAUUCUUUUCUUCACUUCAUCUUCAAGUGUAGAAAAUGUUUUUAAAUUUAAUAUAAAAUACAAUAAGAUUGAAUAAUGAUGUCCAAUUAAAUAGGUUUCUAAGAUAUAUUAUACUUAAGUUAAUUGGUAGUGAAAUGUGAUAGUACUCGUGAAGGACAAUCGGUAAAAAUGUCCACAUUAAUCCAAUCGUAUGAACAACAGUACUCUGUACUUACAGCAGAUAUUACAUCAAAAAUAGGACGAUUAAAAUCUUCUAAUGAUGAAGACAGAGAACAGUUGUCCAGACAAAUUCAGGCUAAUUUUGAAGAGGCUAAUGAUUUGUUGGAACAACUGGAGUUGGAGUACCGAGGCUCGGGCGCCGGCUCCCGCGUGGCCGCCUACCGCGCGGAGCUGCAGAGGGUGCGCGACGAGUACCGCGCAGUUGCCACCAACAAUGCUACGUAUAACAUAGACCCAGAUGAAUAUGAAGACUGGUCAAUGGUGAAUGACCAGAGACAAAGGUUGCUGGACAACACAGAACAACUUGAGAGGACUGGAAAGACAUUAACGGAAGGUUACAGAGUGAUCUUGGAGACAGAGCAGAUAGGUGCCGCCGUGUUACAAGAUCUGAGUGAGCAACGGGAGACGAUUCAAAGGUCUAGGGGACGGCUGCGCGAGACAGACGAGCAGCUGAACCGCUCGGCGCGGCUCAUGAACAGCAUGCUGCUGCGCGCGCUGCGCGAGCGCGUGGUGCUGGGCGCCGUGCUGGCGGCGCUGGCCGUGCUCGGCGCCGCUGCGCUCUACUUCUACGUCACCUAGCGGCGUCAGGGCUUUCGUAUACCGGGUCGCCAUAAUAUGUUGGACAUUCAAGUUUCUGGCCUGACAGUGUUUAGUAUACAAGCCUCUACAGAAAGCAAGAGACGCUGCGACGCGGCCGGUGCGGUAGUCUGCGAUCAACUAUCUGUAAUUUAUUUAUUAUAAUAAUAAUAUUUGUUGUAUAUUUUGAAGAAAUUGUGCUGUUUAUUUAUAACUCAAUUCCUAGCUAAAAUUAAUUUAAUUGGUUGGGCGUACGCCAAUAGUAAGCGAAAUCAAUUUAGCCUAUUUAUUUGAAUCAUAAACAAAAUAUUGAAUAAAACAUGAUUUUGAAUCGACGUGUGUACUGUAAAUUUAUACAAAUUUUAUGAAGAGGUAAAGUUUGUGGUGUUGUAUAGGCUAAUCUCUGGAUACCCCAUAACCGGUUUUGAUAAUUCUUUUAUCACUAGAGAGCCACGUUAUAUGUGAGUGUCAGCUAUAAUUUAUCCCCGUAUUCUCACGGAAACGGGAACUACGUGGGUGAAACCGCGGGGCGUCGGCUCUAUAACGAUACAAUGCGUUUGUGUGUUUGUUUGCGAUAAUAUCUAAGACUACCCGCCGAUUUGUAAAAAAUCUUGUGCAUUCUAGAUAGUCACUAGGAGUAACAGAGAUACAUUAUGCGAGUACAUAAAUCCAUAUUUAUAUUAUAUAAAUAAAAAUAAGACAGUGUAAGAAGUAACUUACUAAACAGAAAGUAUUAGAGAAGUUAAAUAAAGACAUUGAUAUUUGUAUAUUUUUCCUUUGUGUACCUGUAUUGGUGUAUUCAUCUUGUACUUUCGUAAAUAAAUUAGUGACUUAAAAGCUUUAGCAACAAUAAAUAAAUAUUCAAAAAUAUAUUAAAAAGAACAAAACAUUGUUAACAUACGUCGUUGUAAAUUUAUAAUUUGAAAGAGCAAGAUGAAUACGCCAUUUUAAUUUUAUGUAAGACUGUUUACUGUGAAAUAUUUUCUGUAUUUUUUUUUUAAUUUUCAACACAUAUUUAUAGUAGGUUAAUAAGUAAAUUCUAUAAAUAGGUAUUAUACUUUGGUUUUAUUUAUCUGAGUCACAUAAUUUACCUUCGAUUUCACGAUUUUACAGAAACGCUAAAUCGCUAGGCGGUACUUUCAUAAUAGUAGAAUGCAAAUUUUAUGAUUAUGCGCAGGUUGUACUUAAAGUAUGCUAAAGAGGUUAAGGUUGAUGCCCUGCCACCGCGACCGAACGUUACCGCUGACACCUAAACAUUUGUAUUGCGCUGCAUAACGCACGAUGUUCCGAAACUUCAUGUAGUUAGCAUCAUAUAGGUAAAUAACUAUGUACAGCCGAUGCCUACCAAAUUUUAUAAGCCAAUUUCUAAAAUUUAAAAUCCUAAACCGAUUCGCAGUGGGAAUUAAACCUAAGAGAUCCACCAUUAAUCAAACAUUAAUGGACCAAAAUUUAAUGAAUGAACCGUUACAAUGUCCAAAUUAGUAUUAUUUAAUAAAUAAUAAUAUCAAUUUUAAA